AUGUCUUCUUCAUUUACGACGCCCUCUCCAUCCCAUCGAGCAUCGUUACAGACUGCCUUUGAAGACGGCAAGGACGAAGCCUUCGAUCCUUCCCCUGAUAUCGUUAUGGCAUCAGCGAUCGACAAAACCCUUGAGAAGGAUGUGGAAGUCGCGUCGUCGCAACGCGAUUACACUUUCGUGACGUUUGAUAAAGGUACGGGCGAAGACCCUCGUGAAUGGUCUUCUGCUAGGAAGUGGUUCGUCACUAUGGCGGCGUCGUUCUUGUGUCUUGCUGUGGCGCUAGGCAGCUCGAUCGUCACUGGAGACAUGGAGGGCCCUGUUGAAGACUUACACACCACCCAAGAAAUCAUCAACCUCAGCGUUACCUGCUUCGUUAUCGGUUUUGGUGUCGGUCCGCUCUUCUUCGCCCCUCUGUCGGAGGUAGUUGGGAGAACACCGAUGUAUUGCGUUAGCUUCUUCCUCUAUUUCAUCUUCACUCUGCCUGGACCACUGGCCAAGAACGCCGCUACACUCAUCGUAAGUCGGCAGAUCGCUGGAAUCGCAGCCUCCGCGCCGAUGUGUAACGUGGGAGGAAGUAUUGCUGAUGUUUGGAGCGUUGAGCAGCGUGGAAUUCCCAUGGCAGUAUUUUCUAUGACUUUGUUUAUGGGUCCGUGUCUUGGGCCGAUGGUUGGCGGCUGGAUCGGCGAGCGCGCUGGAUGGCGGUGGAUUUACUGGGUCCUCUUCAUCUUCGUUGGCGUGUGCUUUGCUUUUUCUUUCUUCAUCCCAGAAAGCCUUGCGCAUCUCCUACUCCGACGCAAAGCGGAAAAACUCCGAAAGGACACAGGGGACGACACCUACGUUACGGAAGUCGAGUUACAGCGUGUGCCCUUGUCCCAGACAUUGAAGAUCGCGCUCUUGCGGCCGCUAACGAUGCUCGUCGUCGAGCCCGUCGUUAUCUUCAUGUCCAUCUAUCUGUCCUUCGUUUACAGCCUUCUUUACUUGCUGUUCUUUGCCUUCCCCAUUGCCUUUGCCGAAAUCCGAGGUUUCAGUGCAGGUCUCACUGGGAUCACCUUCGUUAGCAUCAUGAUUGGUAUCGGGAUCGCUUUAUGUCUGCUUCCGCUUCAAGAGAAGAUGUAUCGUAAAGCGACGGUUAACGGAGUCCAUCCUGAAGCCCGCUUGUAUCUUAUGAUGGUUGGAUCUAUCCUCCUCCCGGUCGCGCUCUUCAUAUUCGCUUUCACGGGGGCGUACGCUCACGUCAAUUUUAUGGGACCAUGCAUUUCUGGCGGUGUAUUCGGCCUCGCCAUGAUCCUCAUCUACGUGUCUGCCAACUCAUAUAUCAUCGACUCUUACCCACAUAUCGCGGCUUCAGCCCUAGCGGCGAAGACCUUCAUGCGGUCCAUCUGCGGUGCUAUGGUUCCACUCUUUGUGAACCAAAUGUUCCACGGACUAGGCUUCCAGUACGCUGGUCUGCUGCUGGCAUUGGUGUCAGUAGCGAUCAUCCCGAUCCCCUUCGUCUUCUAUAAAUAUGGAGCGAGGAUUAGGGCAAAAUCAUCAUACCAGAUGUAA